AAGUCGAGUUUGCUGUUUGCACGAUAUAAGGCAGGAACUUUCUCCUCAGUGCCGAUUCCAUGUGCGCUUAUUUUUGGAGAGAGUAAGAAAGAUAUUUUAAGAGAGUGAACUUGUUGAAGAGUGUUUGUCGCCGGUCACAGCCUCUGUAAUGAGUUUGUUCCUCGUGCUUCUAUGCUACUUUCCAAUGUGUCCAACUGGAUGCCGUAUAAGGAGAGCCGUGCGCAGCCUUGACGAGAAGCGUCACGUCAUCCACUCCUGACUUCUACCUCUACAGACUCUAAGUGGCGACACUUUUCUACACAUGUUUUCUGGCAUUUUCUUUUUCCAGGAUGAUUAAUUUAUCAGUUGUGCAUCUGUCAUCAACGCCUCCAUUUUUUCUGAGGCUUUUUCUCAAGAGAAGGCUGAUUCCUGCCUUUUCCUGCUAAAGUUAUAGAGACGUAUGUUUGGUUUCCAACACCAAGGAAACUUUUUGGGUUUAAACUUUUUUGUCUGUUUUUCUAUCAUGCUUUUUUGCUGUUAGUUCUUUUGCCCGUUAUUUUCUUUUUUCAGUUUAUCUUUCUACCUCUGUGUGCCUUCCCCUUCCUUUCUAUCAGAUACACCUAUUGGACAUUAUAUUACUUUAAUACUGUCUCACUCUCUUUUUUCCUGUUUCCUGAUUGUUUGUGGGCACAAACUGAGAAUACACAACAGUUUUCCUUUGUUUUUGUUCCUGUCUUCAAUUUUUCCAUUGCUCAAAUUCGACCAUCACUGUCAAAGGAGAAAACUCAAAGCAAGCUCGGCUGCCAAACUGAAUCCCACUAGGCUGUCUUAGUUGUUUUUUACUGUGUCACAUCAUGUGGUCUACCUUUUUGGUGACUGAUGAGGAGGGCCGCACGGUGUGCCCGGCGGCGGCAGGAACGGUGGGAGGGGUUGCUCCGGGAGUAGCACCCCAAGGUGCAGGAGGUCUGACCAACCUGAUGACUGGACGCAGUACGUUUGGUGGGAACAAGCGCCGCAGGGCGACGUCAACAGGACACGCCAUGAGUGAGGCCCAGGAAGGGAAGAUCAAGUUGGCAUUCUUUGUAGCCAUUGUUGGCGUAGUCCUGACAGUCCUUGGGGUGGGGACAGAGUUCUGGGUGGAGCUGGCACCUUCGAAGAGUUUCUAUAACAACCAGACCUGUCUGACGGCUCACUACGGCCUGUGGAAGGGCUGCACCAAGACCCUGUGGGUGGCUGAUAUCGACCCAGAGAGAGAGAGCUGCGGACCCGCUGAACUACCCGGAGAAUCAAAUUGCACCUACUUCAAGUUUUUCACCACGGGGGAAAAUGCUGUGCUGUUUCAGAAGACAACAAGGAAGAAUCUGAAUGUGGUGGCAGCCAUGUUGGCCCUGUUCAGCCUGUUCCUGAUGGUGAUGGGUGCCAUUUGCAUCACCAUGUCUCUCAGUAAAGAGAUCAUAUUCUUCCUCAAGCCAGCGUCCGUCUGCUUUAUUCUGUCAGGUGUCAUGGUGCUUCUCUCCCUGAUGGUUUUCCACCAGUCCGUCCUGGCCUUCUUAGCCAGCGACCACACGAUUCCUCUCCACCACGAGCUCUCCUGGUCAGUGUCGUGCAUCGGCUGUGCAGGGGCCGUCCUCAUCGUGGGUGGGAUCCUCUUCCUGCUGCUGGCGCUGCCUUACAGCCCCUGGCGGAGGUGUCUCCCUCAGAAGGACGGCAGCAGUUAGUGGGCCAGAGGUGGUGUUGCACUUUAUCUGCCCUUUCUGUUUGUGAGGAGGGAGGGUGCAGAGGGGCGUGGAUGUUUCCCAAAGACGUCUUAGCAAAGAGAUUGCUUUUUCUGUGAACUUAUAAGAAUCAUUAAGCAUGUUUAUGGGGCGUUUCCCAUGCACAGAAUACUUAUCUUUUCAUCACAAUAUUCUUGUUUGGUAUGAAAUAUCUUCACCCUUUUUUUUUUAUCUUUGUUUCCCCGCGAGUAAUUCUCUAUCCCUGACUAUUGAUAAGAACACUUUGAUUUAUGACCCCAUAAUCUGACAGAAUAUUGUUGAGGUGUUAACAGCUACAAUGCCACGGUGCAGAGAAAUAUCCCUUUUAGUCUUAUCAAAUAUGGUUAUCUUAAUGCUCAGAUGUGUUUGGGAAACAGUCCUGUAUUGUCUUACUAAUCAUGCUGCAGGGUGUGGAGGAAAUGUACUGUUAGUUCAUUCAAUAAAGGAAAAGUAUUUUUCUAAAAACAGGUUAGCCCUUCAACUCCUUUGAUAUAAACUCAUUGUUAAACAAUACUUGACAAAAACAGUUUUAAAGGUCCAGUGUGUAACAUUUAGGAGCUAGAAAUGCACUAUAAUAUUCAUUGGUAUGCUGUUUGCUUUUGAUGUUUCUACAGUAGCACAGAACAGACAAACAAAUACUGGUUGUAGAUUAGUGGCCACUGUAGUUUCUCCUACACACUUCACAGACCGUGUUCAUUCCCAGGUCGUCAAAUACAGACGCCAGCAGUGCUCGUUAGUGGCAAUCUGCAAUUUCACCGCUAGAUGGCACUAAAUCCUACACACUGGUCCUUUAAAGAGUGUAGCAGAUUUAAGUCAACGUUUGUUAAGCUAGCUAAAAUGUUUGUAGUUGGUUAACCUGAACUGUACCAAAAUUUUAACAUAUUGGCUCUUUAAUUUACUCACUCUAACCUUAUGGACUACUCCUUAAAAUGUAAACUAUCUACUAAUUAACCUUUAUUUCAGUUAAAAAAAAAAAGGCCUAGAGGACUGGAUGUACAGAAAAUAUAUGCUAGCUUUACUUUUUUACUUUACUAUGUUAACUUUACAACAAAAUUAACUUAAAUACUGUAGUUGUGCCCAAAACACUGAUCAUUUACUGCGUCUUUGAUUACUUCCAUCUGUUGGAUCACAGCCCUGCUCAGGUAACAAGAUGACCAUCAACAUCCCCAAAAACAAAAAUGACACUGAAUGAACGGGACGGUUUAUUGACCUCCAAUCUGAUAACCUCGUUCAAGAAACUCAUUUUUUCUCAGUGAUGUGUGAAAAAAGCAAUAUUAUGUUUGUCCUAAAAUGCCUUCCUGUCUGCAGAGCUGUCUUUCUAUGGUAUACGCUGGAUGUUUUGUUGUCUUGUUAUUCAUCAAUUGCCACUAAGAUUUAGAUAUCAAUGGCUUAUAUAAUUUAUUAGAAACACAUUUAUUACAUAGUCAUUUGACAGGGCUCUAAUUUUGUAAAGGUACAAACACACACUAUAUAUUAUUAUCUAUGUCAGGUCAUAAGCGCAAUGAUGAACACAACUUAUUAGUAUCAUAUUUGGAUGUCACAUGCAUCAUAUUGCAGACAUACAGUACUUUAUAAUAAGAGUAUAUAUGACAUAUUUUAAAUCAAGUGUAAGGUAGGUGCUACACUUUAGAAAUAGCUUGACAAUCACAUACAACUAGAAAAUAUUGUAAAGAUUUAGAGUGGAGUAGGGUGUACUUUUGAUGUAAGUUUUACAUCAGCUAAAAGUUUGAGAUGCUUCCAUGUUUUUACCUUCAGUGUUUUUCUCAUGUUAGAACAAAGUGCUUUUCUGUGCCUGAAUGGAAGGUGAACCGUCUCUGCAACUUCUUUGAACUGAAUCGAUUGAGUAUGAAUGACUUCAUUUUAUUAUUAAACAUGACAUGAAUAUUUAAUGUCA